CGGCGGUCGGAGUAAUUUAAAUGGCCGCUUCUGGUUCGUGUGCAUACGCGUGCCACCUUGUGUCGCGAGUAGAGCAGACAUGAGUCCCUAAUUUGUUGAUCUCCCUUGGUCUUGUUCUCCAUGUCCUUUGCGACCUACGCCUCGCAGUUCCUGAACCGCCCACCGGGGCCAGCAGCCUCUACGUCGACCGAGCAGCACCCCAUGUUCUUCUCGUUCUCGAGCGACGCAGACGACAGGCUGGAUCGUAGAAAUAUGGAUAUGGAUAUCGAUGAUACCGACGAUCCGCAUUUCAGAUACAGCUCCAGUGCCGAGCUACCGGACGUCGACGACGAAGACCCCUACCUGAGGUUGGACGAACCUGAAGUAGACGAAGAUACUCAAACAGAGAACGCAUUUGGGAGGAAACCACAGUAUCCGACGGUAGAGCAGUACCCAGAAGAUGAUUUGGACUCAGAUGAGGAGGGGGAAGGCGCCGGAUGGCUCGCGCACGCACACAGGCAAUCACCGUCACCUUUGCGCGCCAAACGUAACAGCACUCCCUCGCCGCGGGCGCCUCCGCGUUCGAUAUCCCCACCUCGACAUGAGCACGAGCCCCAAUCGCUAUCACUUGCCCUGUCGGAAUCCCUCCUUCCCCGGACUGGACCAGACGUCCACGCCUUUCAUCUUCCGUCACCUUAUUCUCGGCGCCGACGCCCACAACCUAAUGCCCGCGCCGCCGCGGGGUUUCUCGCCCUGUACUCGGUUUUGUGUAUAUGUUCAUUGUUAUCCCUCGUCUUGCACGAGGCCGGGGAGCAGCCGGCACCUCCCGCGCUGCUCCACACCAUACCGCUGCUCACAUUCUUUACUGUACUAUCCGCUUUCCUAUCCUACCUCCACUUGGCGCUCGUGCGUGCUUUCUUACGACCAGUGCUUCUGCUCUCGGCUCUAGCUCCGCCCCUCGCUCUGUUCCUAAGCUCUGUCUUGGCGUUUGCGGGCUCGUUCAGCGCAGGCGCUGGUUGGGGCUUGAGGCUGUUCUCCAUCGUCCCUCUGUUCUUCGCCGUGCUCAGUGUACGGACCCUUCCGGCUGACCUUCGUCGGGCUUCACGGUCACCAGGGCUGUUAGCACUCGCUACAAGGAUCUUAUUCUUCCGCGCACCGCUUCUAUUGCUGCUGUCUCCAAUCAUCCUCCUCGGCGGCCUCAUAGCCAGUCUCCCACUGCUCACUCUGAUGAUCCGUUUGCCACUCUCACACACCUGGUAUCUCCGGGCGGCCAGUGCAGUGGUCGUUUUUUCGACACUCCAUCUCUACUUCUCUGCGCGCUCGCUGCAGAGGAGUGCAGUUGCCGGCACUCUUGGUGCCUGGUACUUCUCGGUCACGAUAUCCGCCCCUGCCGACGCAUUGGCGACCGGCCACCCGGUACUGGACGCCCAAUUGCGUGUGCUCCACGCUGCUCUCGAGCGACCACCAGGGCCACUUGUUUUGUCCGCACUUUCGUCUCUUGUGCUUACACUGCUCGAUAUGGUGCGCACGGCACUGCGGUGGGCCCCGAUGGCACUGCCGUACCGGCCCGUUGCGAUCUGCGCCGACUUCCUUUUGGGGAAAUUGCAUGCUGUGGGUGAGCGCGUCAGUGGUGGCGCUCAUGCUGGGGUGUAUUGUGGGUUGAACGGCCGUGGCUGGUGGGAAGCUGUCACUGGCGUGAGAGAGUUGAAGGCGGCAGGAGGCGAGCGGGUUCCCCCGCCGCUGCCGUUACCGCGUCCUUAUAUGCUGGCGCUGCCGUUUGCGCUGAUGGUAUACCUGCGAGCUGCUGGUGAUCGAGAAGGCGAAGAAGGCGUCAGCUAUGCGGAUCAGCAACGGGCUGCGAUUGGAGCUGCGAUUCUGGCUGGUGCUGUCUGUGCCGCAGUGAGCUUGUUCUGUGCGGGGGUAGUCCGAGAUUGUGCCGACACAUUGUACAUCUGUCAUCUUAUCGACCGGACGACGGGAAACACGACCAGGGACAGCGAGAGACAAGAAGUUUGGAAUGCGUUCGAUCCAUCACCCACACAGAACGCACCUUCAGACCCAGAGCAAGGCCUUGUCAUCGGUGGCUACAACAUCGGCAAUCUGAACCUCGGCGCUUUCCCGUUUGGUUUCGGUGGUGCUCAGACCGAGGCAGCUGGACGAGAAAGCGGAGGGCAGGGCGAGGAACCUGUCUAUGCUCGCAUGCGCCGGACCAGCGAGGAAGCGAAUCGAAAGGUCCCGCCCCCAGCAGAGCCGCCACGAUCUCAGGCGCUUUCAGCGUCGGCUGCAUCUUAUCCCACGGUAGAGGACGGUUCGGACUCGGAUUCGCUGGACUCUAGGUCAAACACAGGCGGAGACAGUUUCGGUGUUUUUCCUGGAAGCGGACUCUUCUAGAUUGUUUGUACCAUACACACACACUGAUGAUUGUCGCCUCGUGAUCAGAGUGCGAGACAAAGACGAGGAAUAACCAGUCCUUGGUAUUUGUUUUGCUCUAAUAAACACGCGA